AUACAUGUGUGAGAUAUAAAUAUGUAGAUGUAAUGAAAACAAAUCAAAGCAAAGCCGGCUUGAGCUCUGUAGCACUUAAAUCUCAUAAAUUUUGCGGUGUUGCGUUAUUACUUUGCUCUCAAUUCUUUGAUCUACUCUGUUAAAUGUAAUCAACUACUUGUUGUAUUGUGCUGCUCAUCGCUUUUUAUUUAGUACACAAGUAUAAGGAUUGCUCAUAAGUAUUGCUAAAGAAAGAAUCUUUGUCUUGUUCUUGAUUAAUCCGGGACUUGGAGUUGUUGUAAUAUAUAGAUAUAGUAGAUAUAUACAACGUUGUUGGAAGAUGGGUUGUUUUCCUUGCUUUGAUUCAAAGGAAGAGGAGACGUUGAAUCCUCAAAAACAGCAGGCAAAUGGUCUUAAAGAUGGUCACCCAACACAACCCACCAACAUCUCUAGAUUAUCUUCUGGAGCUGAUAGGCUUAAGUCUAGAAGUAAUGUUGGUGCGAAGAGGGAACAAAAUGGUAUCAAGGAACUAGCUGAUGCUCAAAUUGCAGCACAAACAUUUACUUUCCGUGAGCUUGCAGCUGCAACAAACAAUUUCAGACCUGAGUCCUUUAUUGGGGAAGGAGGAUUUGGCCGUGUCUAUAAAGGAAGGCUUCAAAGCACGGGUCAGGUUGUAGCUGUGAAACAGUUGGAUAGAAAUGGGCUUCAGGGUAACAGGGAAUUUCUUGUCGAAGUGCUGAUGCUGAGCCUUCUGCAUCAUCCUAACCUUGUCAAUCUGAUUGGAUACUGUGCUGACGGGGAUCAACGGCUUCUUGUGUAUGAGUUUAUGCCACUAGGAUCGCUGGAAGAUCACCUUCAUGAUCUUCCGCCAGAGAAAGAAUCUUUAGACUGGAACACACGGAUGAAGAUUGCAGCUGGUGCAGCCAGAGGGUUAGAGUUUCUCCAUGACAAGGCAAGUCCUCCAGUCAUCUAUAGGGACUUCAAAUCGUCCAAUAUAUUAUUGGAGGAAGAAUUUCACCCUAAGCUUUCUGACUUUGGACUUGCAAAACUUGGCCCUACCGGAGACAAGUCUCAUGUUUCCACCAGGGUGAUGGGAACCUACGGUUACUGUGCUCCUGAGUAUGCCAUGACUGGACAACUGACAGUAAAAUCUGAUGUCUACAGUUUUGGUGUAGUAUUCUUGGAGCUUAUAACCGGACGUAAAGCUAUUGACAGUACUCAACCACAAGGACAGCAGAACCUUGUCACAUGGGCCAGACCUCUGUUCAAUGACCGCAGAAAGUUUGCGAAAUUGGCCGAUCCGAGGCUCCAAGGUCAGUAUCCAAUGCGAGGGCUAUACCAGGCACUAGCUGUGGCCUCCAUGUGUAUCCAGGAACAGGCAGCUGCCCGUCCUCUUAUUGGGGAUGUGGUAACUGCUUUAUCUUAUCUUGCAAACCAGGCAUAUGACCCUAGCUCAGGUCCUGGAAAUGGCUACAGGCUAAAUGGAGAUAAGGAUGAGAAAAAUAUUAGAGGUAGUGGAAGAUUUUUAAGGAAUGAUGUUGGUGGAGGAUCAGGCCGCAAAUGGGACUUGGAAGGUUCUGAGAAGGAUGACUCACCAAGAGAAACUGCCCGGAUGCUAAACCGGGACUUGGAAAGGGAACGAGCUGUCGCAGAGGCUAAAAUGUGGGGAGAGAAUUUGAGAGACAAAAGAAGGCAAAGCGCACAAGGCAGUUUUGAUGCUAAUAACGGGUAGCAUCUGUUGUACAAUGAAUUGUAAUUCUUGUUUGUAUUUUCUUGUAAAACAGGGGAGAGAGAAAACCCCUUAAGUAGAGCUUCUGCAACUUGGUUUUAUCAAACAGAACAUAGAGGCCAGCCCUCUCCUCUUUCUUUGAUGACUUAUGUUUUCUUCAACCACACAGAGAAGCAGCGCAGAGCAGCUCAUGAAGCGAUUUACUAUUAAAGUAUAGACUAAUGCGAGCAGAAGCACAGCCACUGAUUCGUAGGAGAACUUUUCUCUCGAGCGGCAUCCAAAUGGCCCUUCUGCCAGCUCCGGCUUUGAAUUUCUUCUGUAGAAAUGAACAAAUACUGUUGUGAGUUGUAGUCUGUAACUUGCAGUACUGCUUGUUAUCGCAUUGGAAGAAGUUUUAUACAUACUUGAUUUACCAUUUGUCUACCUAGCCUUUGAAUGGCUAUUGCCAGAAACUUAUCUCUGUUAUAGUAAGUUAUAUCUCUUGUGUC